UACACCAGUAGACCAAGUCAAAUAUCCUGUUAAAUGAAUCUUUCAUUAAUAUAAAUGACAGCCAGUAUUAUUCUUUGUGUUGUAAGUUUAACUUGAAAUGGAGAAUUUCAAGUUUAAAAUUAUUGUUUUUCUUACCAUUAUCCCGGAUACAUGUUCACUACUCACUGCGUCGCCUGCUAUAGUAUUUGAUGGUCAAGAAUUGGUCCUGACGUGUAGCGGUCUCACUCCUUACUAUAACGAUCAGAUAGUGUGGAGAAUAGGUGGACAAUAUAUUGCAACUACCUCCUCGUCUGGAUGGAAAUGUAAGGAACCAAACUACCGGUAUCCACGAUUCACAAUUCGUUGUUCAUCACACCAACUUGUUAUUAAUCCUGUAGAUUAUAUUAAGGACAAGGAUAAGUCUUGGCGUUGUUCUGUAACAAACUACUACUUUAAUUACACGAUACAGUUUGGAGUACCAGUGAGGAAUAUACUAUUAUCUAUUGAACCAGAAAGUAAAACUGACGCUGGGUUAACAUUUAUUAAAACCAGAAUUGGUGACAACUUAAGUUUUAAAUGUGAGAUCACACCAGCAUCUCAACCACUAAGUUUCCAGAUGUGCGACCCAACUUGCCUCGAAGUUAAUCUUUAUGGUCAAACUUAUAUGGAAAAAAAUGUAACAAUCAACGCAGACAUGCACAGAUCGGUGAUAUAUUGUACAGCGACAUAUAUAGAACAAAUAAUUAGGUCAAGGUCAACAACAAUAUUGUUAUCAGAUGAUAUUCAAGAUCUUAUCUUAACAUCUUCACCCCGGAGCGACGACUUUGAUCACACAUUAACAUUAUAUGAGGACGAAAUAAUGAACUUAACAUGUGAAGCAUUGAAAGCUUUUCCUACACCAACUAUUGAAAUAUUUAUACAAUCAACAAAUUACAACCAAAGUAUAGUCAGUACUGGUAGAAUGUUACGUUCUAAUGUACAUGUUACACAUCAGAUGAACGGUGCGAUAAUAUCGUGUAAUGCAGAUAUUACUACAAAACAAGUUGAAGCUAAAUACAAGAUACGGUUACAGGUUUUAUAUGCUCCAAUUGUUUCAAUAUCAGUACACAAUGCUACCAACAACAACAGUACAGGUAUUAACAUCAACAAUAGUACAGGUAUUAUACUACAAUGUACAGCCGAUGCCCAGCCAAAUAAUUUGACCUUUUCUCCAUGGCAGCAUUAUAUUGGUAAUGAACUAAUACGUGAAAUACCCGGUAUGGAAGAGGAAGAUGGUAAAAGUUAUAAUCUAGAAGUUUCAACUGAUUUUAAAGAUGAUGGAAUUUAUAUAUGUAGUGUUAGUAAUGGUAUUAACAGAAAUAACCAAACAGAACAAACAGCUAGAUAUCUACAUAAUACAGUUAAAGCAGAGUUCCACAGUAAGAAUAUUAGUAAAGAGAAUGGUCGUGUUGGUGAUUAUAUAGAGUUAUAUAAGAUCUAUACAUGUCCUAUGGAUUGUAAUAUUACAUGGUAUAAAGAUGAAAGAAGGGAUAUUAUAUCAACUAUUGAAUAUAGUAGAAUACCUAGUUACUAUAAUUCUACUGUAUUAAUACCUAGUAAUAAAACAGUAAUAAGACUAACAUCUAUUCAACUAUCUGAUACAGCUACAUAUACUUGUAAUAUAUGUAAUACCAAUGGUUGUAUUCAUUCCUCUGUUGAACUUAUAGUGGAGACUACAUCUAGGUUGGAAUCUAUAGAAGGUUCUGAUAGACAGCUUGUAUUUGGUAUAACUGGUGGUGCUAUAUUUACUAUAAUUAUAUUGGUAAUUAUAAUAGUCGUAUUGGUAGUGAUAUUACAUAGAAACAAACCAGUCGCAAAGAAUCCAACAAAGUCGGAGAUGGAAAUAAUGGAGAAUGCGCUGUAUCAAAGUGCUGAUUUAGAUCCAACAUUUACUGGAAAUAACACGUCAAAUAACAAUGAAAGAGGACCAGUUUACGCACAGGUUGAAAAGGAUUCUAAAAAGAAAGUCGCAAAGAAUCCAACAAAGCCGGAGAUGGAAAUAAUGGAGAAUGCGCUGUAUCGAAGUGCUGAUUUAGAUCCAACAUUUACUGGAAACAACAGGUCAAAUAAUAAUGAAAGAGGACCAGUUUACGCUCAAGUUCAAAAGGAUUCUAAAGAGAACGAGAAUGACCAGAAACCUGAGGCUGUUUAUUAUAAUACAACUUCUGGGGAAGUCUUAUAUAGCAAUAUCGAUGACAGACUGUAAAUGACUGCAGUCGCUUGUGUCAUUGAUGGCUGCAGUCGCUUGUGUCAUUGAUGACUUCAGUCGCUUGUGUCAUUGAUGUAAUGAGAACUACCGACGUUAUGGGGCUGACAGAAAUAUACAAAUGAAGACAUUAAUUAUUUUUAAGACAUUUCGUAUUUACACGAAUUCACUUAUUUGUUGGCGUUUUGUUAACAGUUUAUUUCUUACAUAUUAAAGAAUAUAUUUGAAUAACAGCGGGUUUGAGCCUUUGCUGAUGAAAAUGCUCAAGGGCGGGUUGUCCUAGUUUCUACCUGUUAUUUCAUGUUUCAUUCUCAUUGCUAUCUGACCCUAUUUCGGUUCGUUUUUAUAUGACCACAUUUUCAUCAAGAAGUUUUGUACCGCUGCCCCUUUCCGUCCGGACGUCCGAUACAUUUGAUUGUGAAAACUCUAACGGUCACAAUGAAAUGAAAUGAAAUGGAGUUUAACGUCCCACUGCUCUGCGGUCACAGUGUAACUCAUCUUCGGUAUUCCCAGUGUUUUCAUUCCGUUCUAAUCCACUAUUAAAUUGUAGUUCGUAUAUUUAUAGCAAUUCUCCCUCUGUCUCCUUUCUCCCCUUCUGCGUGCCCAUUUUUGUUGAUUUUUUAGUCUAGGAUGGACGAAGAGGGUUUGAAUUAACAUUUUCUGCCAGGUUUUGGUAAAUAUUCAUGAUUUUGAGGCGGAAGGAUAACACGAUUAUCAGGUUGGCUACGGUGAUAUGUACGACAACUAGUUACAUGUUUUAGUAUGUUUCUUCAAGUUUGUGUAUCUCAAAAUUUUGGAGAUCAACCUCAUACAAAUUUUAGUGCAAAGACAUGACCAUUUGUUCCUCUGUCUUUAGUGAAAAGACAUGACCAUUUGUUCCUCUGUCUUUAAUGAAAAGACAUGACCAUUUGUUCCUCUGUCUUUAAUGAAAAGACAUGACCAUUUGUUCCUCUGUCUUUAGUGAAAAGCAUUCAGUCCAACGAACAGUUGAAGGUGGGCAAAGAGGCCAGAAUUAACAUUGAAGUCAAUGGGGAAAUUAAUGGUGGUCUGCCUCCUGUAUGGAAACGACCUGACGGUGGAUGAAAGGCCUAAAUUUGAUGAUAUGAUCUCCAAAUUGUCAGAAAAUAUUAUAUAUGACAUUUUGAUAGUAAAAAAAGUGAAAUGGUAAAAUUUCAAAAAUAUUUGACAAAUUUGUGAGGGGAAAUUUUGAUUUUAGUCAAAAUUUUGUGAUUUUCAGUGUUUAUUUACUUUUCAAAAUUAGUGGAAAAUAUUUUUAUGUAUGUUUUUUACUUUUUCUGCAUCAUAAAGGCUAGACGGGAAGAAAGUAUCAUAAUUUCACUAAAUUUUUCCUAAAAAUCAUGAUAAGUUGUCUGAAAUUCUUCAGAUUACCCCCAUUAUUGCUGUCAAAAUUUUAAUUAUUCAUCUGUUGUAAAAUGAACCAAAAUGGCUUGCAUGUCUUUUUUUUCAUUGUUAAAUAACUUUGAAAGGAUCCUUGCGUUUGUCAGAUAUUGAAAAAGUAAUCAUGUGUUUGUCAACAAUUUGAAAAUUAAGAAAUUUAGUCUAAUUAUGUAGUGUUGAGGUAUGUUAGAAUUUUCAAAACAUGAGUGAACUGCAUUUUGCUGCUGAGUCCUCUGGCUUAACACAAUUUUAAUCUUUCAAAACCUGAAAUUGUCGCAUUUCCCUUCUCGAGAAAGUAAAAUCUAUGUGUUUGCAGGGAAAUUUCUGUCUUCAUUUCAUUUAGAUUGGCUCCCCCCACCUCACCCCUUUUCUUUAACAUGAUAUUUGGAUAUUCAAUUGAACAUUUGUUGACUCCAAAUUAGCAGUAAUUGGAUUUUGUGCUUGAAUUGUAACCGAGCAUUUUAUUUGGCACAAACAAAUAGUUACAUAUAAGAUUUCAAGGAUUUCUAAGACUUUUUGUUUAUGGCCAAACAUGUAAUCCUAUGACAUUUCUUCCAAAUGAGUCCACCCCCCAAAAGGGAUAUGUUGUAGAUGUGUUUUUUGCAGCUUAAUGUUUUACAUUUUGGAUGUAAAUCUAUUAUUUGUGGUGAUCUUUUAAAUUGUGGCACUUACAGAGCAAUAAAAUAUUAAUUAAAUUUUUUUCAUACCCCUUGCCCUUUUAUGCUAUGAAUUAUGUCAUAACUCCCUUUUUCCACCUCAUUUUGUCAGGAAAUUUAUGUAAAGAUUAGAACAACUUGCUUCCACAAAAUAUUUACACUAUGUAAUUUCAAGGAUACCUCUGAUUGUUAAAGUAUUUUAAAAACUGAAAUAUUCCCAUUUUUUAAAAAAAAAUAGUGCUUUGUGACCCUUUUAUUAGAGUGGCUGGUUAUCACCUAAAUACAGCAUUUGUUUUACAUUUAUCAAUCCAUAUUUUAAUAAAUAGUUCAUAUAACUUCUUAUAACUAACUGUGUUUAUAUGUAUGUAUAUAAGCCAGAGAUACACGAACAUGGCUUUAAGCCAUAUUCCACCAACAGUAUUACUUUACUGAAUGAUUUAUGUAAAUAAUGUAUAUAUUUCUAAUUCAUUUAUAAUUAAUUGUAUUAUCAAAAUAUGAAGUAUGUUUCGCUGAUCUCAAAUAUGUAUAACAUCUAUAUGUUUGACUUUUGUUAUUAUUAUUAUUACUAUUCGUUCUUUAUCUGAAAUGUUUCAUUCUGUUAUGUUUUAUUAUUAUUGAACUUAUACUUGGCAAUUUGGUCCGGUCUUCACUAAUUUCAUAUUACAUAAUUUGUUGUUAGUAAGUACGCAUUUAGAAUAAUUUGAACUUCUCUCAUUUAGGCUAACUCCUAAACUUGUCCGGUGAGAGUUACUUCCCUUUGCCAACGUCCUUUUCAAUUAACGAUGUAUGGGAUUGGUCGAUAAAACUAUCACAAUCAUCAAGGGUGGAUAACUUGAAAACGAGUCCUCCUCAUAGAUUAACCCAGGUGGUUAGUGGAGUAGAACGGAAUGAAACCACUGGGGAUACCGAGGAUGAAUGAAACUAAACAUAUAUGUUUAUGUCAAAAGAUCUCGAAUGAUUUCGAUGGUCGUAACUUCCUAGAUUAUUGCCCUUGAUUGUGGGAAAUUUUAUUGAAAUUGAUUAUGGUUCAAAGAUAAUAUGUUUAGUACAUAUCGCGGAUGAGUUCGAUUUUCGUUAAAAUUGCCUCCCCUGUCAUGCAAAUAGUAUCAAAGGGUGAAAUGCAUAUACCAACGUUGUGGACUCUCUAGAGUCUAAUGAACAAUGAUAUGCAGUAUGCUACGAGACAAAUAUUUACCCUUACAGCAUGAUCUGUUCCUGCCAUCUUUUAUCUCGGGGUGGUAAAUGAGGUCUCUUGAAUACAGAUUAGCUCAAUUUUAUCAACAUAGUGUUGACGUAACUGCGUGCUCUAAUGAAACACUUAUCCAAAAAUGGCCAAGUAUCCGUCCUAAUAGCAGACGUAGCCAAACGCUUGAGAUAAAUUAAAGGGCGCGAUUAAAUUCGCUUCAGACAUCAUUUGGGAUUCCUAGAGAGACAUACCGUUAACCGUCUCGGCUUUCAGGUCGAUCGAGAUCAUCAUGUAGAUCUAUCAAGAAGGGUGUGGCUCUUGCCACCUUUAGUACUCUAAGGGAUAAUUAGACAUCAUGUACGUACUCUCAGCCCCUGGUUCGAGGCCGAGAGAGAGAGAGAGAGAGAGAGAGCCUGUAGUAUUUCAAUCGUUAGGUCUGAGUUCUAGGCUUGUUAAACUCAGACUGUAUAUAUUAUAAUAACACAUAAUGUACUAUCAUAGAUAUGUUGUAGUUUCCUGUAUUUAAUAUAUAAACAUAGUUAUAAUAAAACGGUGU